UGCAAAGAAAAUGAGUAACAUGUAAUAAAUUUUUUUAUCUAUUUAUUUAGGUUGGUGCAAUUGUUUUAUACACCUAUGUUUAUCAGAUGCUUGAGCCCCCUCCUGAAGGUACCUUUGACAUUGAGGACAGAAAUCUUCCCAUCAAGUACACUGCCAAGGAUAGCACUCCAGUGGAAACUCCUUUGCUUACGGAAGAGGUGGUUCCAACAGAUUCAGAUGCUCCAAAGAAAGGAAAGGGCUUGGUGCUACUCCUACGAGACAUGGCAAUGCUACUGUUGAGGGUGUGGUUGAAAUGGGUCCAAUUGAUGAAAUUUUACCUUCAUUGGAGGGUGGUUGUACAAGGCCAGUUUUAUCUUCAAAUGAGGUGAUUGGGCACUUCAAAAUUGAAAGAAAGGAGGGUGAAUUAUCUCCAAAUGGAGAUUUUGAGGAUAAUUUUGCAGCAUAUGGAGAUGGUGAGGUGGAGACUGCAUGUAAAUCCAAGGAUAAUUCCCCAUUCUGAGAUUUUUAUUAAAACUGGGUUAAAUAGUGAUCAUUGGUUACCUUUGUGAACUCUUGCUUUGUUUGAAUCGUGAUUUUAUAAAUAAAGAAAAAAGUAAUUUAUAUUCA